CGCAGAGUACACAGAUCCAAUCUACAUGGCUGAGUGUAGCUGAAAAUACGGAGAAAGGAAUGGCGCUCUAUCAGACAGCAAUAUCACUCAUUCUUCAGAUCACAAUUCACUUCUCUGCUUCUUCUGGUGUUAGCUGGGAGGAAUGGUGGACAUACGAUGGCAUAUCAGGUCCAGCAUUCUGGGGACUGAUCAACCCCGAAUGGAGUCUGUGCAACAAAGGCAGGAGACAGUCUCCCGUCAAUCUUGAACCAGGCAAACUUCUUUAUGACCCCAAUCUCCGUCAACUACAGCUCGACAAACACAGGGUUAAUGGACUAAUAGGAAAUACGGGUCACAGUGUUGUGUUCACCGUCGACAACACAACUAGGCAUCAUAUCAACGUGACAGGAGGUCCGCUGUCCUACAAAUAUCAAUUCCACGAGAUACAUGUUCAUUACGGACUCCAUGACGAGACGGGCAGCGAGCACUCCAUUAACGGAUAUACGUUUCCUGCAGAGAUUCAAAUUUUCGGAUUCAACUCACACUUAUACAGUAACUUCUCUGAAGCUCUUCAUAAAGCUCAAGGAAUCGUAGCGAUAUCUUUAUUAUUACAGCUGGGAGAUCUGUCAAAUCCUGAACUGAGGAUUUUGACUGAUCAGCUCGAUAAAAUCAAAUACGGAGGGGAGGAGGUGGAGGUGAAGAGGCUGUCUGUGAUGGGCCUUCUGCCCGACACCGAGUACUACAUGACAUACGACGGAUCCACCACCAUGCCAGCCUGUCACGAGACUGUCACCUGGAUUAUAUUGAAUAAGCCCAUAUACAUCACAAAGCAACAGUUGCACUCUCUUCGACGACUGAUGCAAGGUAGUGGGAAGCACCCAAAAGCACCUUUGGGGAACAAUUGUCGUCCCCCUCAACCCCUUCACCACCGUCCACUACGCACAAACAUUGACUUCAACGUUAAGCAAGCAGGAGCCAAGUAUUGUCCCAGUAUGUACAAGGAGGUAUACUACAAAGGUAAGAAUGCCAGUGAGAGUUAUAUAAUAACGUUCAUAUAGAAAAACAGUUUUUUA